GGGCAGCGUUUGAAAUGAAUCAUACAAAUCCGUAAAAGCCACUUAAAUCGGUGAAAAGCUCCCGGAUUAAUACGCGACUGCCUCUGUGUGUUUGUGUUCACCGGUAUCGAGCAUCGGAUCUUGUGGGGAAACAGCAGACACAGCCUUGUCCCCUGCUUCUCGUCUCCUCUGUUUACUGGAAACUUCCUCUCCUCUCCUGUCCACUGAAAGGCCUUUUUCCGACAGCAGUGCCAGAAAAGGACGCUGCUGAGAAAGCCACAGUGUCAGACUGAACUGGAUUCAAUGAGGGAGCCAGAUCAGGAGGAGCAGCCUGAAGCCAACAUGCCCCCCAAGUUUAAACGACACCUCAAUGACGACGAGGUCACGGGAUCCAUUCGCAGUGAGAGGAGGAACCUUCUGGAAGAGGACUCUGAUGAGGAGGAAGACUUCUUCCUGAGAGGGCCCACAGGACCCAGAUUUGGACCUCAGAAUGACAAAAUCAAACAGGUGCAGUCGCAAGUUGAUGAGGUGAUCGAUGUGAUGCAGGAGAACAUCUCCAAAGUGAUAGAGAGGGGCGAACGUCUCGACGACCUGCAGGACAAGUCAGAGAGCCUAUCGGACAACGCGUCUGCCUUCAGUAGCCGAGCCAAACAGCUGCAUAGGAGGAUGUGGUGGAGAGACAUGAAGAUGAAGAUGAUUAUCGCCUUGGUUGUGGUCGCUCUCCUGCUCAUUAUCAUCAUACCAGUGAUCCUGCGAUAUCGCUAGUGUCCAACGAGGAGGAGGAUGGGCGAGAACCCUCCUCUUCCUCUUCUUCCUCUCUCUCUCUCUCUCUCACUCUGUCUCUCCUCUGCUCACAGUCCUCCACUCCAGCUAGGGGGUGCCAGCCAACCUCCCACACACCCUCCUCAGCCUGUGUUACCCUUGAGGAUCUGGCCUCAACCUGCCCUUAGCACAGAUCUUACUGUUGGCACGUCCACUAAAAUCUGCUGUGAGAUCAGUUCUAAGGCUCAGUUUGAUCCCUGGCUGGACACAGCUACAGAAAGGGAAACACAGCCAGUAAGAAUUGGGGAGGUAUUUUAAUGCAGUUUGGGAGAAAGCAUGCACCAGUCAAUGUAAAGGAGAGGCCCAUUCCAUGAUACAUAUCACAUGUAGGGCCCUGACUUUGUCUUCACAGCAGGGAAACUCCAGGUCCUGCAUAUUACAUCAUAUAGAUAGGCACUGUAAAGACAGGGAAUCCAUGCCAACUGUCUCUCUUAGUUUAGCUGGUCUCAAUGUGCUGCAGCAGCCUCACGUAAAGAUGCUGUUAACAUCCACCGAAUGAACCUCAGAUGUCUACCCAUGAUUCCUUUUGCUCUGAAACACAGACGACGAGAACGUUUAAAGGGAACAUUUUGUGAACACGGGCCCGUUUCUCUCAUCUUGACAUGAGGCGAGGGAACACCUGAGGUUCAUCUGCGCAGACACAGGUGGCUUUUUUUAAUCGUCAAAAAGGCUUUCUGACAAAGAAACUGAUUUCACCUAUCAGAUAUGUUUCCUCGCCAGCACAGAUGAGCGAGAAAAAGGGACUAGGAAGGAACGUCGUCUGUUCAGACAGAAUCCUGCUUUCUAACAUUAUUCUCACCCCCCCCUCCGGCCUGCCUCCUCAUAGCUCGUCAUACUGUACAUCAGGACCACGUCAGACCAAAAUAUCCAGGUUAUGAAUGUCUCCUCACCACUCCGCACUCUGAACCUCGCACCUCCCACCUCAGUUUGUAGCUGAGCUCUGGGCUGGUUUGGUCACAGCUGUCCUACUUUCCUGCUGGUGACAUUAAACUGUCUCUCACUCUGCACAUGAUUCUGUUUGGUUUCAAUGCCGCCUUUGUCUUUUUUCACUAUUUUUAAGUUCUUAUUUCUGCUGGUCGGUCGUUGUGGUGCUUUGUAUGAAUGCUGGUAUUCCCAUUGCCACUAAAGGGACAGUUUAUCUCUCUAUACCGUUGCGUUACAUUUAAAGAGGGUUAAUUUAAGUGAUGGAAGUUUAAAGUCGAGCUGUGAAAUAAACAUAGGUGUCAUUGUGUCUGGAUUAAUUAACUGUAUAAUACAAUAAAACAUUGUCAUUUUAUUUUAUUUUAAUGUAAUUUAUCUUAGCUGUAAAUAUUGAUUCUGUAAUGAUGUACAAUAUUCUGGCAUUGCAUUGGAAGACUGUGAUAUAUUGAUCCUUUUUGCUCUGAAAUAAAGUGAUUUUAAAGGUCA